AUGCGGCUGCACGCGUUUGCGGUCGCCGCCGCGUGCCUGAUGCUCUUGCACGCAGCGGCUGCAAUGCAAGCAGGAAAGGACAUACCUGCAUACAACCCGUACACGACGACGGAGAAGGCCUACACCACAACCACUGAGGCACCUGCGUACACCGCAACCAAGGCUUACACCACAACCACUGAGGCACCCGCUUACACGACAACCAAGGCCUACACCACCACGACGGAGGCACCUGCGUACACAACCACAAAGGCCUACACCACUACGACUGAAGCGCCGGCUUACACAACCACAAAGGCGUACACCACCACGACAGAGGCACCGGCUUACACCACGGAGAAGAACCCAUAUGCUCCCAAGACCACAACCGAGGCCCCGUCCUACACCACAACCAAGGCCUACACAACAACCAAGGCGUACACCACCACCACGAAGGCAUACACCACCAAGCCUCCCGCCUACACCACGGAAGCGCCCGCUUACACCACACAGCCUCCACAGUACACCACACAGCCUCCACAGUACACCACGCAGCCCCCUGCAUACACCACCAAGCCUCCCGCUUACACCACACAACCACCGCAGUACACAACUGAGGCGCCGGCCUACACGACUCAACCACCACAGUACACGACGCAGCCACCAGCUUACACCACGCGGCCCGCCUACCCCAGGUACACCACCCAGCCACCCCAGUACACCACCCAGCCACCACAGUACACGACGCAGCCACAGUACACCACCCAGCCCCCCGUCUACACGACGCAACCACCCAAGUACACGACAAAGCCACCUGUCUACACCACGCAGCCCCCAGUCUACACGACCCAGCCGCCCAAGUACACGACCCAGCCACCUGCCUACACGACGACCACCAAGUGCAACAACGCCUACGGCGGCUGCGAUGACGUGGCGCAGGGCGAUCCCAGCGGCAACACGGACUCGUCCGCCUCUGGCGCCAACGGGUCUGGCCUCUCCGCCGGUGCCAUUGCAGGCAUCGUUGUUGGCGCGCUGCUGCUUGUCGGCGUUGUUGUUGGCGGCGCCUUCUACGCAACGAAGAAGCGCCAGCAAACCGUCCUCCCGACGAACAACACGCCAGCCGAGGCGGACCACGCCUAAAGGCAUCUGAAUGUUUCGUGAAUGUUUGUGAGUGUUUGUGUGUGUUUGUGUGCGAGAGUGCACGCAGUGGUUUGUACCUACUCCCGCGUUGUUGUUGAUGUCCCAUUCCUAUGCUGGUGUUGAGGCACGUUGUCCCCCUGCCUCUCUUGUUGCCCUUUGUGCUAUGUGCGUGCUUGCAUGCCUUCUUCCCUCUUAAAUCUUGCAAGA